AUGCAGAACGUCUUGAUAGACAGACCUGGAACGCAGCAUCUGGCGUUUCGUAUGGAAAUGAAUGGCAUAAAGGAUUGCAAUUCCAUUGUAGAAGAAAACGCGUCACACUUUCUUUUGCUUAAUUUUUUCGAGCAAAAAUAUGAACAAAUCAAAACAUUGGAAAGAUUUUUACAAGCUUACAAGGCCUACGAAGUCGAACCGAAAGCACCAUUGACGCCAAACGAUCAAAAUCAGGGGGUGGUGUUUCGGCUGAAUCGAGAGGAGUCUGACCAGGAAAUAUUGACCAGAGAAUCUCAAAGCAAUUAUUUGAUAUAUAAAUUUGCGAAAGAUAUGCUGAAGUAUGUUCGAGAGCUUAAGGAUCCAGGACUGUAUUAA